AUGGUUCCAUCUGCUACGAUCGAAAAUCUGGGAAUACUCCUUAUAGUCUAUUAUGGUGGUUGGAUACUCUAUGCCAGGUGGCUCCAUCCCUUGGCCAGAUUCCCCGGACCUCCUCUGGCCUCGAUUUCGCGACUAUGGGUCGUCCUGCAUGUUGCCCGUGGCAAGGCAGUGAUUGAGCAAAAAGAGCUGCAUCGCAGAUACGGGCCUAUUGUUCGUAUAGCACCAAACGAGCUCAUCAUGAAUGACGCGCGAUCCUUGAAGGCUAUAUACGGUGCUAAUUCGGGGUCUCGAAAAACCGACUUCUACUUGGCUUUCCGUCCGCCUUCGGCACGAUAUCCAGACCAUUUCUCAGCAACCGACGAACAGUUGCAUGCCCGCAGGCGACGAAUCGUGAAUCAUGCCUACUCAAUGUCGAAUGUGCUCCAGGCAGAGAAGUACGUAGAUAAGUGCACCGAUGUUCUGCUCGAGCGCUUCGCGGAGCUCGCCCGACAAGGUGCGACGGUCGAUUUCUUCCGGUGGGUUCGAAUGUAUGCAUACGAUGCAGUCGGGGAGUUUUACUUUGGUCGAAUGUUCGGGUUCCUCCAGAACGGACACGACCACCUGGGCUACAUAGCAGCCACCGACGUCCUGAUUCCAGUCAUGGCAAUCGCUGGUGUCAUGCCUUCGUAUAUACGUUCAAUCUUCAUGUUCGUUGGGCUCAUGUUUGGCCGGAUACGAAAAGCCUUCGGGGCGCUUGGCCACCUCACAAAAGCAGCCGAUAUGGUGGUACAAGCCCGCAUAAGUGAAGCGACGAAGGCAAAAGAACGUUCCGGUCAUUCAGACAUUCUCACGCGGAUCUUCGAUAUCUAUUACGACAAAGGCAAGUCCCUUGAUUUUGAGGUGACGGACGUGAAAAUGGAGGCUUGGGCUGCAUUCUUUGGUGGAAGCGACACUACGGCUAUUACAAUGGCGGCUACUAUGUUCCACAUCGUAAAAGAUCGGCGGAUCUAUCAGACAUUGCUCGAGGAGAUCGAUACGGCGACUGCCAAGGGAGAACUGGGGGCUUCGCAUAUUGCCUACAACGAGGCCGUGAAACUACCGUUCCUUAGCGCAUGUCUCAAAGAGGGCAUGCGAGUCCAUCCAACCAUAGCGUUGACCUUGCCCCGUCAAACAGCCAACGAAGAACGAAUGGUAUCUGGCUACAGGAUUCCCGGCGGCACACGGAUUGGUGCGAAUGCGCCUAUUGUGCAAUCGGACCCAUCUGUUUUUGGGGAGGAUGCAGACGAGUUCUGUCCCGAGCGUUGGAUGCGUCCGGGAGCUGAUCGCCUGGGACAGUAUAUUCUGCAUUUUGGUGCAGGGUCUAGAACUUGUUUGGGAAAACAUAUGGCGAUGUGCGAGUUGUACAAAGUCAUACCACAGAUCCUCCGGACCUUCCAUCUAGAGCUCGAUUCGCCAUCCGGCCCCUGCCUCGAAACCCAAGAAUAUUGGUUCAACAAGCCCACUGCUGUCCAGCUGAAGGUGCAGCGGCGAGAGAUUCGACGACCAGAUUAG